UCAUUUCAAAUUUUUUUAUAUCCUUCUAUAAACCCCCGUGUUGUGAUGUUAUGUGUAUAGAGUUUAAGCGAUUUUAGUGAACAUGUGCAACGGAUGACAGUUUGGAUGUGAACGUAAAAGUUUUUUUUUUACCUGUGCACCGCGUCGGUAUAUACACUAGUCUGUACCGUUGCGUCGCGCUCGGCUGAUUCAGUUAAUAACUUGUGGAUCUACAGUCACUGGUGUAAUAGUGGUUUUGCUAAGAUUUAGUGCCGUGGAAAGGUCACUUACCUUGAUCGGUUGAGAUUUAUAUCGUCGCUAUGAAACUCUCAGAUAAAUGUAGGCAAUCGUAAUAUCGUGUGUGAUAAAAAACUGAUAAUAAACAAUCGAAUGGGCCACCCGUUUGGACGCAGUGUUAAAAUUAUAUUCGCGAACUAUAAUGAUUAACAUUUAAAAAACUAUAAUGGAGAGGAAAUUGACUCGCGAGGAUUUCAUGCGAAAGAGUUUCCGCGCACCAAGGGUGUCGCCUGCUCCGGAGCCAACGGCGACUGUGAACGGUGCACCGCCACCUUCCCCAGUUUCCUUAGCAAUGUUGGAAAGGACUCCUCAAACUCCCAGAGCGGAAUAUGAAGUUACAUCAGCCGGUAUAGCUCCAAAACGAUUGGAACUCAACCGAGCUCAUCCUAUACAUCUCAAAUCAUUCCAAGUGGAACCGCCCGACGACAAUGGCCCCACACCGCCAUCAGAUGACGUUUUACGUAAACUAGAAAGACAAAUAGGUGAAAUGGAGCGAGGACUUGAAAGAGCACAGAAUGGAACUGUUAAAGUUGAUGAAAGGGUGCGAUACGCUGAGCACGAGAAUUUACUACGCACAGGAGUUUCGGCUGUUGGCGGUGGGGGUUACUUACCUGCGGACUCUGAUACGGAACACGAUGCAGUUCCAUUCAAUAGGAACGAGACCACCAGGAGUAGUACGGGAGCCGCUGCCCCGGCUACCAGACCGGCAACUCGACUCUCCCGAACCAAUUCUGAUACACAGCAACACACUGUCGCUGCUACGGCACGCUUGAUGAGAAAACUGGCUGAUGGCGGAACUAAGGAUGAGAAAACGAAGGUUAUAUCGAGGAAAACCAUCCAAGCGAGGAUGGAAAGGGUCAAGAAUUCCGUGGUCGGGACGAAGCAUGAACAUAGGGUGUUGGCGGAGCACAGAGCAGAGCCGACGUCGCCGAAGAGUCCCACCUCGCCUGUCUCGCCGCGCUCUUCAGUACAGAGCGCGUCGGAGAACUCGGCUGGCGCGGGUGGUGGCGGCUCAUCCGGCGGCAGUGCCAGGGUCUCCUCACGUUCCAGGGCAUCCGAGGAGCCGCAUAUUGGCAAGUACAAACUGCUGAAGACCAUCGGUAAGGGCAACUUCGCGAAGGUGAAGCUCGCGAAACAUGUCCCCACAGGGAAGGAGGUCGCGAUCAAGAUCAUAGACAAGACCCAGCUCAACCCAAGCUCCUUGCAGAAACUCUUCAGAGAGGUGCGGAUAAUGAAAAUGCUCGACCACCCAAACAUCGUGAAGCUAUUCCAAGUGAUCGAGACAGAGAAGACUUUAUACCUUGUUAUGGAAUACGCGUCCGGUGGCGAGGUGUUCGAUUACUUAGUGCUACACGGACGCAUGAAAGAGAAAGAAGCGCGGGCGAAGUUUAGACAAAUAGUAUCAGCGGUGCAGUACUGCCAUCAGAAGAGAAUUAUUCACAGGGAUCUCAAGGCGGAAAACCUCCUCCUAGACGGCGAGAUGAACAUAAAGAUCGCGGACUUCGGGUUCUCGAACGAGUUCACUCCGGGCGCUAAGCUAGACACCUUCUGCGGCUCACCGCCCUACGCCGCUCCGGAACUGUUUCAAGGCAAGAAGUACGACGGCCCCGAGGUGGACGUGUGGUCGCUGGGCGUGAUCCUGUAUACGUUAGUGUCGGGUUCGCUUCCUUUCGACGGCUCCACGCUAAGGGAGCUGAGGGAAAGAGUACUGCGUGGGAAAUAUAGGAUACCAUUCUACAUGUCAACGGACUGCGAGAAUCUACUCAAAAAGUUCCUCGUGCUGAACCCGGCGAAGAGGGCCUCCCUCGAGAGCAUCAUGCGGGACAAAUGGAUGAACACCGGCUACGAGGAUGACGAGCUCCGGCCGUACGUCGAGCCGCAGCAGGACUUCAAGGAUCACAAACGGAUAGAGGCUUUAGUGUGCCUGGGAUACAACCGACAAGAGAUCGAGUAUUCGUUGGCCGAGGCGAAAUACGACGAUGUGUUUGCCACUUACCUGUUAUUAGGAAGAAAGAGUACAGAUCCCGAAUCGGACGGCAGCCGGUCCGGAUCGUCUCUGUCACUUAGAAACGCAGCCGCACCCGGCCAGCCGCAGUCGACGCAACAAGGCAACUCGCACGCCGGCGGGUGCGCGUCGCCGUCGCACCGUGGGGUGCAGCGCAGCAUCUCGGCCAGCGCGCGCCCCGCCGCCUCGCGCCGCGCCUCCUCCGGCGCCGAGGUGCUGCGCGCGCAAGUUGGCACAACCAGCUCCGCUGCGAACAAUACCACAUCCACUGCCACCACUACGACGUCCAAUUUUAAAAGACAGAAUACAAUUGACUCAGCAUCUAUUAAAGAAAAUACCGCACGGAUCGCAUUAAUGCAGGUACAAAACACAACGCGACCGACCAGUGCCCAGCCCAAGUUAGAACCGCGUCCUCGGAUCUUAUCGAGCGGCGCGCGGCGAUCCGAACACCAAGCCUCACACCAAACCGCCCAUCAGACCUCGCAUCAAACGCACCAAGCGCCCAAAAUGUCACCGCCACACGAUACGCCCAGUCAAGCGGAGACUAAGAACGGUGCCGAGAACGGCAAGACCGGGACCGGUACGACCGGGCCCGGUACGGGCACGGCGGGUAAGACGCACGUCAAAAGCGCGUCGAUAUCCUCUGCCACGGGCGCUCCGCCCCUCGGAGCGGAGCCUUCGCCUCACAACGCGUCCGCAAGAGACCUCGCGCAGCCCCGACCGAGUCUAAACUCAACACUGUCGACGGGUGGCACGGUCGGUUCUGGAGCGACGGGUAACUCCGCGAGCGCACGCCGGGAUUUUUCCAACAACAACCCACUCGUCUUCCCCAGGAAUGUGCCUUCAAGAUCCACUUUCCACUCUGGACAGACGCGGUCGCGCGGUGGAAGUGCGGGCGGCGCGUACGGUGACGGCGGCUCGCCGCACCAGGCGCGACCCUCCUUCUUCUCCAAGCUCUCAUCGAGGUUCUCCAAGCGACUGUCAAUGUUGGGCGAGUCGGCCGGGCAACAGAAGCCGCGCAUAUUUUCCUCAUUGGACAUUCAACGGAGGCCUAUCGACGGCACCACCCCGAAGCAUGCCGUAGGCGCUAGCCCACAAUCCCUGCUUGGACAGGGCACCGAGGAACAAGUGAAGCCGCGUGUUCUGCGGUUUACGUGGAGCAUGAAGACCACUUCCUCCCGGGACCCCAACGAGAUCAUGGCAGAGAUAAGAAAGGUCUUAGACGCGAACAAUUGCGAUUACGAACAACGCGAGCGGUUCCUUCUGCUUUGCGUCCACGGAGAUCCCAAUGCGGAUUCGCUGGUGCAGUGGGAGAUUGAGGUGUGCAAAUUGCCGCGGCUCUCACUCAACGGGGUGCGGUUUAAGAGAAUAUCUGGUACUAGCAUCGGCUUCAAGAACAUUGCAUCGAAGAUAGCGAACGAGCUCAAGCUGUGACUGCCCGGGAGCCUCCCACGUCGCCGCCGCCGCCGCCGCGCCAACCCCCCCUCCCCUUCGGACGACGACCUAACACCUCCCCCGCCGCCGCCACCACCUCCCAGGUCAGACAGCCUGAGGCUAUCA